GCGUACAGUCUGUGGGUUAGAAGAAUAUCAAAAUGGUGGCUGUACGAUACGGGUGAUGUGUACGCAGAUAUUGGAGUGCAUUGUAAUUUCAGGAAAAACACGUGUGAGCACGCAGCGUAUACUAAAAUGGGUGACCCAAAGGCUCAACACGGUACACAGGAGAUGAAAGGCUGGCUCUUUAAAUGGACUAAUUAUUUAAAAGGUUAUCAACGAAGAUGGUUUGUCCUGUCAAAUGGCCUACUGUCGUACUACAGAUCAUCCGCGUUCCCUAACAUUUCAAUGCCUAGAUCUUUUAAUUUUCCGCUUGGCACAGUUGUGUGAUUUGAGUUUGCAUUGCCUUUCUAAAUUGCAAAUGUCCUGCAAUUUUAUUUUUACACGAACUUCAAACAUCGUGACCGCCGAUACUGCUUCUCGCACAAAAAAUCCCGCGGAGAUGUCGCACACGUGCCGCGGCACGAUAUCCUUGCACGGGGCCUUAAUACACACCGUGGACGCUUGCACGUUCGUUGUGAGCAACGGUGGCACGCAAACCUUCCAUAUCAAGGCAGCGACAGAGGUAGAACGUCAGCAAUGGGUCACGGCCCUCGAGUUGGCGAAGGCCAAGGCCAUCCAGGCGAUGGAAUCUGGAAACAUUGAAGCAGUUACGUUAUGUAAAGUAAAAUUUGUUUCAGAAGAAGAGGAGGAAGAGUUUCAGGAUAACGACAGUCAAAAGCCAGAGCAGGUCACUGUGAAGGAUUUAUCACAGCGUUUAGAAAACUUACAGGCUUGUAACGAUUUACUAAUGAAAAAAGGGACUAUGCUUCAGCGAGUUUUAAACGAGCUCGAAGCAUUGGAGCCACCAUCGCCGGAGUUAGUCGCAAAAAUAAAGACAGUCAGUGAACGAGCCACGCUCUUUCGCAUCGCUGCCGGUGCUAUGGUUAAUGCAAGUAAUGAAUAUUUGCAAUUAGCAGAGCAGCAAGAACCGAAAUGGAAGAAAAUGUUGCAACAUGAGCGCGACCAGAAAGUAAGAAUAGAAAAAAUGGUUGAGCAAUUGGCCAGGCAGCACUCUCACUUGGAAGAGGCUGCACAACAUGCCUUACCCACGGCAGUUACAGCAGGGGGACACAGAGCUUCGCGUAAUAAUUCUUCUUUUUAUAUUAAUGCAAUUGGUAAUGCUGUGAUUAAUUUUGAUGCUACUGUUAUGUUUAUGAAUACAACAGUCACAACUUCCCCAUCGGAGGACGAAGAAGAUAAUGCUGAGUUUUAUGAUGCACAAGAAUCUGAUACUUUUACUUUAAGUAUACCCGGUGUCCCAGCAAAUAAUUCAAGAGAUCGAACUGAUUCUCAAGGUAGUGACGAUGGCUCUAGUUCAGAAGGUGAUCAAACGCCUUUACCUUUGUCAGAUACAGCUACCACAAACUCCUUUCGUAUUGUGACCGAUUCUACAGUAGUAACUCCUACCACUGCUGCAAAUACUGACAAUCUGGACAAUACAAAUUGGCAAUCUAAUAAUGGCAGCAGUGGCAGCACCGGGGUAACAGGUUUUAAACGAAAACGGAGAACUAGGGUACCUGACAAACCAAAUUAUCCAUUAAAUUUAUGGAGUAUUAUGAAAAAUUGCAUUGGCAAAGAUUUGUCAAAAAUUCCAAUGCCUGUCAAUUUUUCUGAGCCGCUUAGUAUGCUUCAACGGCUUACAGAAGAUUAUGAAUAUGCAGAUAUUCUUGACAGAGCAGCAGAAUGUACAGAUGGCUAUGAACAAAUGGCUUAUGUUGCUGCAUUUACUAUAUCUAGUUAUUCCACAACUGCUUCCAGAACUGGCAAGCCUUUUAAUCCUUUAUUAGGUGAAACGUAUGAAUGUGAUCGCGUGGAUGAUUUAGGAUGGCGAGCGAUUUCAGAACAAGUAUCUCAUCAUCCUCCAAUGUUAGCGCAACAUUGUGAGGGGCGAAAAUGGCGUUGUUGGCAAGAAUUUACCAUGGCAUCUAAAUUCCGUGGGAAAUACCUUCAGGUAAUACCAUUAGGAACUGCUCACCUUGAAAUGGAAGGUGGUACACAUCACUACACGUGGCGAAAAGUUACUACUACUGUACACAAUAUUAUAGUAGGAAAAUUAUGGGUUGAUCAAAGUGGUGAUACAGAUAUUGUGAACCAUAAACAAGGUAUCAAGUGCCAUUUGAAAUAUACGCCCUAUUCAUACUUUUCAAGAGAUAGUCAGCGUAAAGUAAAAGGAGUAGUCAUGAAUUCAAACAAUGAAGUUAAGUGGGUAGUACAAGGUACAUGGGAUUCAAAGAUAGAGAUUGCUCCUGUUAUCAGUACGUCUGGCACGCCAGACAAUCCAGUAUAUAAAACAGGGCCUUACAUACUCGCUUGGAAGCGCCGUAUGCCAUCUGAAGAUAGCGAGAAGUAUUACAAUUUCACGGAAUUAGCAUGUCAAUUGAACGAGCCUGAGGAAGGUAUAGCUCCUACAGAUUCUAGAUUUAGGCCUGAUCAAAAGUUAAUGGAAAGUGGUGAAUGGGACAAAGCGAAUGCAGAAAAACUUCGAUUAGAGGAAAAACAAAGAGCUGCUCGGCGUGCACGGGAACACGAAGCUGAAAAAGCUGCCACUCAAGGUUUACCGUAUGAAACUUACGAACCUUUAUGGUUUAAGAAAGAGCAGAAUCCAUACACGGACAGUCUGUGUUACGUAUAUGGUGGUGAAUAUUGGGAGUGUAAAAGUAAAGGUGAUUGGUCACGAUGUCCAAACAUAUUU